AUGUAUGGCUCGUCUUCGGGUAUCGGCGAAGCGAUUGCCAUAAAGUUGUGGUCUUUGGGCGCGAAUGUAGUCAUCACUGGAAGGGAUGAGAAACGGAUUGGAGAAUUAACCAAGGGCAAUAUAGUUAACAUUUCGAGCAUCGCAGCUUUCACCCCGAGCUCUAAAAUGAUGCUCCACUGUAUGGCCAAAUGUGCCCUGGACAUGUUCACCAAAUGCCUAGCCUUACAGCUUGGACCUAAAGGAAUCAGGGUGAAUAGUGUCAACCCGGCUACUGUACGAACGCCAAUAUUUGAACGAAUCACAGGAGACACCAAACUAUUGGACAGUUUGGUAGAGCACUGCCGGCAGACGUAUCCGUUGGGCCGAAUCGGCGAACCCGAGGACGUGGCCGAAGCCGUGGUCUUUUUGGCCAACGAGACCAGCGCUUCGUUCAUCACUGGCCUUAUUAUGCCAGUCAAUGGCGGCGCUAAUCAUUUGCCCAAUUAA